AUGCUUCAAGAAGAUGAGUUCCGAGAUAUUCUUUGUGAGGCACCUGUCCAGUGCUUUGUCACAACCUCGGACUACGUUGUGUGGAUGGAUCAAGGUAACCAUAGCCUGUAUAUUUGGACUCGCAGCAGCGGGCAAGAUAUUCAGCUCCUCACCGAGCUUGAGUCUUGGUUUGAACCGUGCCAGAUGGUGGCAUCCGAAGAUGGCUGUCUGCUUUGUUGUGAUAAUCUCGGUCACGUCAACUUUUACACAAUUGAUGUACUGCGAGUCGUGCCUGAAGCACAUCUUCAGGACGAUAAACCACUAAACCCUAUGGAAGACCGCGACGAAGUAUUCGAUGAGUCGCUUUCAUCACCAAAUCGCGCCGGAGUGAAGAUUCAAGAAAAAUGCAGUAUUCUACAACGGUGGUCACUGCAGCUGUCUGCAUCCGGCGCCCUAUCGCACGCAGACAUCGCCCCGGGUGGCCUGCUUACGGCCCUCUCCACCUCAGGUCAUCUUUUGCUUGUUUUGAGAUCGCCUGAGGGCAAUACUGGCGGCUCUUUUCCACGCUUAGAGGACGAUGCUCUCGCUGCGAUGGACGGUGAGGUGCACAACUACUCGUUUUUAUCAGCACACACCUUGUUUUGUGGAGAAAAUAGACACGUUUCCAAGGAGGGGUGUGUGCGGACCUGCUUUCUUUCAACGGACCGUCUUUGUAUACUAUUUGCCGAUAAUCACCUAAUUGCGGUGCAAGUUCAUCUGGAUGAUGUUUUGCAGCUCACGACUAGUUUUCUACGAGAUGGCCACAUUAUCACUCACAAGCACACCGUCGUCGCCAUGGCUGCUGGCUCCGUGCAGGAGUGUUUGCUCGUGAUAGGGCUUUCGAACGGAUUGGUCCACGUCCUGCAUGCGGAGCGUCUGGAGGUGUUCAAAGUAUUGGACACCCAGGCAAUGCUCACGGCUUAUUUUGGUAAAUCGCUUUCGCAUGCGUACUCUACUAGGCGUGUGGGAACCCAACCAAAACGAUCGGACCCAUCUUCUUACUUCCCCUCCUCCACCGUUGGGAUGGGGCAGCAAGUGCGUGAGCACGCCGCUGAUCUCGCACGGGUCUAUGGCUCCACCAUUUUGGAUAUUACGUUGGGGAAUUGGAUAUGCAUCGCGACGCCACGCAGUGUGCUUCACGUUGACAAACACACACUUCUGCUGGAUGAAGGUGGGGUGCAGUCCAUCGCGGGGGACGACCUAUGCGAGCCGUUAAACCUCGAGCUUGACGAUGCUCACAUCGAAGAUAGUCAGAGAAUCGAGAUACAAUGUGCGCCAAACGGUAGCUGGGGAGCUUGGUUUGCUGAGAGUUUGACCCUCCGAUAUUAUAGUAGUAGUGGGUUCCCUCUCCAACCCUCCCUGUCGCGAUGGGCACAUGCGCAGGACGCCGAGGGGGGGGAGGUGGAUGUGGUGCACGCCCGGAUGGCGCUGCCGCGACGCUGGUUGGGCCCCCCUCCCGCGGAGGAUCCCCCGCGCCCCCCCGUCAAGGCGGUGAGGAGCAGUAACUACACGGAGGCGCCGUGGUCCGUCCAGCAGGAACGCAAGCGGAAGCUCAAGGCGAGGGCUGGGGCCUGCGCGAAGGGCCUUGUUCCGGCCGAGUCGGACCUCCUCAUGUAUAACCCACGUGUGCCCUAUGAGGCCCACCCCUUUGCCGCCGCGGGUGCCGCCAAUCGCGUGCUCGCCACACGCGCCCAGGUGCAUCAGGCGGUGGUGCGGUCGAAUUGUUUUACGGCGAACGGGGGGGCGUUGGUGACCACGAGCGGGGAUCGAUCGGCGUACUACCUCAAGCUUCCACUGAGUCGGUACCAGGGGGACGGGGCCUUCCUGCGCGCACACACGGCCGCCGUUCUUUCCUCAAGCAUCAACAUGUCUCUUAAAACGCCCAUGGUCGCGACUAGCGGCGCGGAUGGCGUCAUUCACGUCUGGAAACCGACCGUAUGUGAGGCUCCGCUGCUUGCAUACACGUUACCCAAGGGAAGCGAGGGUGCGGGCAAUGCGGCGGCGGAAAUUCGAGCGGUGCGGUUUUACUAUAUGGACAAGUUCUUGUGCUUUACAAGCCAGAACCGGGUGAUGUUAUCGCAGCAUACACUCGGCAGGGAUCAGGCGACAAAGUCCCCCUGGCCGACCCCGGCAUCUAAAAAGAGUCGCUCGGCGGGGGGGGGUGGACGGGAUGGUAACCUCGACAACGGCGCCUCGGGGACCCUUCCGAGAAUCCUUGAUCCGAUUUUCACCUACGCCAUCAACGAGGCCCAGAACAUCACAGCGAUGGAUUGCAUUAAUCAUUUCGUCAGCACAUUGGUGGUGCUGGCGAGUUCAAAUAAGCAGAUUUGUGUUCUCGACCUCGCUGCUGAGGCCCCUCUGCGUGUUAUGAACGAGGCCCACAGCAGGCAGAUUCAUCACGUGGCAAUGUGCACAGGAAGCCGCUUUGCGGACGGGACCUGCUCACUAAGCGCACAGCAUCUCUUCGCGACAUCGGGCCUAGACGGCGCCGUGUACGUGUGGGAUCUGCGCCAAUCGAAGCCGGUGCGGCAGUUCGCGCUCCACAAGAACCAAGCACUUCCAACCCUGGGCCUGGCGUUCUCGCCGGAUGGGAGCAUGUUAGGGGUGGGCAGUGAAAACGACGCGGUGUACGUGUACGACGUUGGCAUGGGUGGCGGGGCCGUUCCAAUCGAUAAGCUGUGCUGUCCAAAUGUCCCCACAGCGAUCGCGUGGCAUCCUAUCGGACCUUUAAUGGCUGUUGGCUUAGCCACUGGACAGACCAUGUUUUUUAGUCAGCGCUAA